AAAACCCUUUUCUCUUACUCUCUUGUCCGAAUCAAAUCCGGUUGCUGGAAAAGGGAAGCUUUGUCGUGGUGGGGGGGAAGCGGAGGAGAAAAACCCUAAUUUUUUCGAAUCGUGGAUCUCUAAGUUUCUGAAUCGGGUGGUGGCGAUUUUGUGUCUUUGUCCGCGAUGGCGGAAUUAGGGCAACAGACAGUGGAUUUCUCCGCUCUUGUUGGUAGAACCGCAGAGGAAUCGUUCCUUUCUCUUAAGGAACUUGUGGAAAAGUCUAAGUCGACGGAGCUUUCUGAUAAUGAAAAGAAGGUUAGCCUCCUUAAGUAUGUUGCUAAGACUCAGCAACGGAUGCUCCGCCUCAAUGCCCUCGCCAAGUGGUGUAAACAGGUUCCUCUUAUAAAUUACUUUCAAGACCUUGGGAGCACAUUAUCAGCUCAUGAUAUAUGCUUCACACAAGCUGCGGAUUCGCUGUUUUUUAUGCAUGAAGGUCUACAGCAAGCUCGCGCUCCUGUAUAUGAUGUUCCCUCUGCUGUUGAGAUUUUGCUGACAGGUUCUUAUCAGCGCCUGCCAAAGUGUCUGGACGAUGUGGGGAUGCAGAGCUCUUUGGAUGAGCAGCAACAGAAACCAGCUCUAAGAAAGCUGGAGGUUCUUGUACGUUCCAAACUACUUGAAAUCACACUUCCAAAAGAAAUAACAGAGGUGAAAAUUUCUAAAGGUACAGUUACCUUUUCUGUCGACGGGGAAUUUAAGGUUCUUGUUACUCUUGGUUACCGAGGGCACCUAUCCAUGUGGAGGAUAUUGCAUUUGGAUCUGCUUGUUGGUGAAAGAAGUGGCCCCAUUAAACUCGAAGUGACAAGACGGCAUAUCCUUGGAGAUGAUUUAGAGCGCCGAAUGUCCGUGGCAGAAAAUCCAUUCACAAUAUUAUAUGCGGUGCUCCAUGAGCUGUGCGUUGCCAUUGUCAUGGACACAGUCAUAAGACAGGUCCGAGCUCUUCUCCAGGGAAGAUGGAAAGAUGCAAUUCGCUUCGACUUAAUUUCAGAUACUGGUACCACGCCAGCGAACCAAGAAGGAGAGGCAGAUUCUGUUAGUCUUCGAACGCCAGGAGUGAAACUUAUGUACUGGUCAGAUUCUGAUAAAAACUCUGGCCCAUUCAUUAAAAUUGAACCAGGGUCAGAUCUCCAGAUUAAAUGUUCUCACAGCACAUUUGUAAUUGACCCACUUACUGGCAAGGAAGCCGAGUUUUCUCUCAACCAGAGCUGUAUUGACGUGGAGAAGCUUCUGCUUAAAGCUAUAUGUUGUAAUAGAUAUACCCGUCUUCUUGAAAUUCAGAAAGAGCUUUUAAGGAAUGCUCGUAUUUGUCGAGCUCCAAGUGAUGUCAUCCUUCAGUCCCUCCUGGAUGAGCCUGGUAUUGAGGGAGGUAACACGGUAGAUUCUAAGGAACGAGUAGAGCCAGAGGUCUUACGUGUGCGAGCCUAUGGAUCUUCAUUUUUCACACUCGGGAUAAAUAUAAGGACUGGUCGGUUCCUUCUUCAGUCAUCCAAGAGUAUCUUGACCUCCUCCAUCUUGGAGGAAUUUGAAGAUGCAUUAAACCAAGGAAGUAUAUCUGCAGUUGAUGCCUUUAUCAACUUGAGAAGCAAAGGCAUUUUGCAUUUCUUUGCUGCUAUUGGCAAAUUUUUGGGUCUUGAGGUCUACGAACAUGGUUUUGGUAUAAACAAAGUUCCUAAAAGCCUCUUGGAUGGAUCAAGCAUUCUGACUUUGGGAUUCCCUGACUGUGAAAGCUCUCACCUUUUGCUCAUGGAGCUCGAAAAAGACUUCACACCAUUGUUUAAAUUAGUGGAAACUCAGAUGGAUGGUUCGGGAAAACCUCAGUCUUUCAAUGAUCCAAGCAAUAUUUUGCGAGCUAAGAAAAUUGAUAUAGGGCAGAUACGGAUUCUCGAAGAUGAUCUUAACUUGAUUACAUCCGAUGUGGUUAAAUUUGUAUCUUCAUCCUCAGAUGCUGAGGGCAUAAAUCAAGCAUCUGGACACCAUCAUCCUGGAUUGGUUGACGAUGCUUUGACAGAAAUGAGUGGAAGCCAGUUGAGUUUCUCCAGCAUUGUAGAUGAUGUGUUUGGACUUCAGAAAGAGACAUCGGCUCUUGUGUCAAGUGAUGGGCAUGGUUUCGUUCCCAAGAAUCUCUCUGCUGUUAAUGGCCCUGGAAAAGCUCCAAUGUUGACUAGCUACCAUUCAGAUUGCUUGUAUAAUCUACAGGGUCCCUUACAAUCUAGCUCUUUUAAUAUGUUAUCAUCUCCCCCUGGGAUGGGUUCAGCUAUGAAGAAGAUAGCCAUCUCUAACUCUGACCAGGAGUUAUCCAUGAUACUGUCUCCAUCCCUCGCUGCUGGGAACGGAGUCUCUGAGUCAGGCUCUAGACUGGUCACUGAAUCCUCAUUGUCCGCUCUUCCUCUAUCUCAAACAGCUGAUCUUGCAACAACAUCUGUUGGUCCUUUGUUGAGAAAAGAUCAGAAUCCCCGGAAACGUACAGCUUCAGAUUUGCUAAGAUUGAUCCCAUCCCUCCAGGGAGUGGAGGGUGUUGCUAGUCCCAUUAAGAGAAGAAAAACCUCUGAACUGGUACAGAGUGAAUUAGUGAAGAGUUGGAGCCCUGCAUCACAGACUUUAUCCACCGUGGCAACAUCAACAAAAACUAUAGGAUGCAGCUAUGGGAAUCUCAUAGCUGAAGCAAACAAGGGGAAUGCACCUUCAAGCGUUUUUGUCUAUGCUCUUCUCCAUGUUGUCAGGCAUUCUUCGUUGUCCAUAAAGCAUGCCAAACUAACUAGUCAGAUGGAGGCACUGGAUAUUCAAUAUGUUGAGGAAAUGGGACUAAGAGAUGCAUUUUCAGAUAUAUGGUUCCGUCUUCCAUUUGCUCAAAAUGAUUCCUGGCAACAUAUAUGCUUGCAGCUUGGUAGACCUGGAAGCAUGUGUUGGGAUGUGAAAAUAAAUGACCAACACUUUAGGGAUCUCUGGGAACUUCAAAAGGGAAUUAAAACCACACCAUGGGGAUCUGGAGUUCACAUUGCAAAUUCAUCUGAUGUUGAUUCCCAUAUCCGUUAUGACCCUGAAGGUGUAGUUCUGAGCUAUCAGUCUGUGGAAGCCGAUAGUAUAAAGAAGCUUGUGGCCGACAUACAGAGGCUUUCAAAUGCUAGAAUGUUCUCCCUUGGUAUGCGGAAACUACUUGGCAUAAAGCCAGAUGAAAAAACAGAAGAGUGCAGUGCUAAUUCCACUAUUAAAGGAUCUGCUGGAGGGAAAGGCAGUGGUGAGCCAGUAGAUAGAUGGAGAGCUUUCAAGAUUGAGGCAGUGGGAUUAACAAGCCUGUGGUUUAGCUUUGGUUCAGGCGUUUUGGCGCGUUUUGUUGUCGAGUGGGAAUCAGGUAAAGAUGGAUGCACCAUGCAUGUCUCUCCUGACCAACUAUGGCCACAUACAAAGUUCUUGGAAGAUUUCAUAAAUGGAGCAGAGGUAGAAUCUCUUUUGGAUUGCAUUCGCCUUACUGCUGGGCCUUUGCAUGCAUUAGCGGCCGCUACUCGCCCUGCCCGAGCUAGUACUGCCACUGGUAUGCCUGUCGUACCUGCUACAGCGUCUUCAAGACAAUCAAAUCAGAUACAACAAACUCAAGGAAUUGUUGCCCCUUCAACUUUAGCAGCUCCUAAUGCUACUGGCCAGUCUGUCUCAGCAACUUCAGGAAAUACUGUUGCUUCUUCUGCUCCAAGCCCACUCGGUGGAAGUUUCCAUGGAGUUGCAAUGCUAGCAGCUGCAGGGAGAAGCGGACCUGGCAUCGUUCCAAGCUCUCUCUUGCCAAUCGAUGUCUCUGUAGUACUCCGUGGACCCUAUUGGAUAAGGAUCAUAUACCGUAAACGUUUUGCAGUGGACAUGAGAUGUUUUGCUGGAGAUCAAGUCUGGUUGCAACCAGCAACUCCACCCAAGGGUGGUGCUUCUAUUGGAGGCUCCUUGCCAUGUCCCCAAUUCAGACCUUUCAUCAUGGAGCAUGUUGCUCAAGAGUUGAACGGAUUAGAACCGAAUUUGACAGGUAGCCAAGGAGCAACAAAUCCCAGCAGUGGAAACCCAACUGUUAACGGUGGGAACAGAGUUAACUUUUCCCCUUCUAGUGCAAUGUCAAGAGCCGCGAUGAAUCGUGUAGCCAGUGUUGCUUCAGGAUUGUCUGUGCGUAGAACACCAGGCACUGCUGUACCAGCACAUGUAAGAGGCGAGUUAAACACAGCGAUUAUCGGGUUAGGUGAUGAUGGUGGCUAUGGCGGAGGAUGGGUUCCUCUUGUGGCUCUGAAAAAGGUUUUGCGUGGUAUCCUUAAAUAUCUUGGAGUACUGUGGCUAUUUGCUCAGUUACCAGAUCUCUUAAGAGAGAUCUUAGGUUCAAUCUUGAAGGAUAACGAAGGCGCUCUCUUGAAUUUAGACCAAGAACAACCAGCCUUACGCUUCUUUGUCGGUGGCUAUGUAUUUGCGGUGAGUGUCCAUAGAGUUCAGCUCCUUCUUCAAGUCCUUAGCGUAAGGCGAUUCCAUCACCAGCAGCAACAACAGCAACAAAAUGGUUCUUCCGCUGCUGCUCAAGAGGAGCUAACCCAAUCCGAGAUUGGAGAAAUCUGUGAUUAUUUCAGCCGCCGUGUCGCAUCAGAACCGUAUGAUGCUUCAAGAGUUGCCUCUUUCAUAACACUCCUCACGUUACCCAUAUCGGUCUUGAGAGAGUUUCUGAAACUGAUAGCUUGGAAAAAAGGAUUAUCCCAAUCACAACAAGCUGGAGAGAUGGCUCCUGCACAGAGACCUCGAAUCGAGCUAUGUCUAGAGAAUCAUUCCGGUACAGAUCUAGACAACAAUUGUUCGGCUAAAAGCAAUAUCCAUUACGACCGGCCACACAACACGGUUGACUUUGCGCUAACCGUCGUUCUUGAUCCUGUGCACAUACCCCAUAUAAACGCGGCUGGAGGAGCAGCAUGGUUGCCUUACUGUGUAUCGGUUAGGUUAAGAUACACGUUUGGCGAAAAUCCUAGCGUGACGUUUCUUGGAAUGGAAGGAAGCCAUGGAGGUCGAGCUUGUUGGCAGCGAGUGGACGAUUGGGAGAAAUGUAAACAGAGAGUGAGUCGUACAGUGGAAGUCAACGGUUCUGCUGCAGGAGAUUUGACUCAAGGGAAACUCAAGUUGGUUGCAGAUAGUGUCCAAAGAACAUUGCAUCUAUGUCUUCAAGGUCUGAGAGAAGGUAAUAACAACAACAGUCUUCAAAAGGAAUUUACCAUAUAGAGAGGUCAAACUCUUGUCAGUUUUGGGAAAUUGUUAUAUCUUAAUGUGUACAUACGUAUUAUGCUGAUUUUUUUUUUCUUUUUCUAUUGGGACUUAGAAACAUGAUGUAGAAUGUAGACGUUGAAUUUUCCAGUAUAAGGAGGUUUUGCCUCGAUAUAUGGUUACCAAUCAAAAGACAAAGGAGCCCAGAAAAAAUGAGAAUUAAUUUG